GCUUCGAAACGAUUCAGUCCCUGAGAGACGCUCGUUCGGUGUAAAUGGAAGUGAUCAAGUAGCAGGAGCGCGUGUUGUUUUCCGUCGGUCCGGCGCAUAUGCUAACCUAACCCUGCACCAUCAUCAUCAUCACCAUUAGCUGCUGCUACAACGGUGGACAGAUAGAGACAGAAAGUGUGUGCGUAUACGUACGGCUUGUUGUGUUUUUUUUUUGUUUGUUCAUUUGUCUCUGCCUGCCCGAGCUGUUGCAUCCAACGAGAAAACAAACGAAGAAAAUCAGUGUGAUAAAGCGCUUUCGCCGUAGCUUACUACUUAGAAAACAGUGAAUUUAUGAAUUAGAAGAAAAGGAAGACAUCAUCGUAACGUCGUAACGUUGUCGACGCAAAUCAGUGUGAUUGGCAUUCGAGUUCGUCAAACAAAAUAAUACUGCUCCUGGGCUUUACGGCAAUACCAGAUAGUUUUUCUAGACCGGAUAGAUAGGACACCAAAUAACCUGCCAACAUGUCGGUUUUUGGGUUGGUCUCUUCGGUGGCCGGUUUCAUCAAAGUACGGUAUCUCAUCGACAAAGCCAUCAUCGAUAACAUGGUCUUCCGGUGUCACUAUCGAUUAACCAGUGCCGUGCUGUUCCUGUGCUGUAUGCUGGUGACGGCAAACAAUCUGAUCGGUGAUCCAAUUUCCUGCAUCAACGAUGGUGCCGUACCCGGUCAUGUGAUCAACACGUACUGCUGGAUUAUGUACACCUUCACGCUGCCGGGUCAGCACGGUCGCCCGGCGGGAACGUCGGUAGCUCACCCCGGUCUGGGCAACGAGUACAACCAGGAACGGACGUACCACAGCUACUACCAGUGGGUGCCGUUCAUGCUGUUCUUCCAGGGUAUCCUCUUCUACGCACCCCACUGGAUCUGGAAGAACUGGGAGGAAGGCAAAAUGCGUAUGAUCUCCGAUGGACUGCGGGGCAACAUGGUUCUCGGUCCCGGCGAACGCAAGGGACGCCAAACACGACUGGCCCGCUAUCUGUUUGUCAGCAAGAAUACCCACAAUGCCUACUCGUUUGGGUACUUCAUCUGCGAGGCACUGAAUUUCAUCAAUGUCGUCGGUAACAUUUUCAUGGUGGAUAAAUUUCUAGGAGGGGCUUUUCUUACGUACGGUUCGGACGUUCUGAGGUUCAGCGAUAUGGACCAGGAAAAUCGCUCGGAUCCCAUGAUUGAGGUCUUCCCCCGUGUCACCAAAUGUACAUUCCACAAAUACGGAGCUUCCGGUAGUAUCCAGAAACACGACGCCCUCUGUGUGCUAGCGUUGAACAUUCUGAACGAGAAAAUCUACAUAUUUUUAUGGUUCUGGUUCAUUAUCCUAGCGAUCCUGUCGGGACUGGCGAUACUGUACUCGGCCGCCAUCGUGAUGAUGCCAACGACCCGCGAAGCCGUGCUGAAACGUCGCUUCCGUAAUGCGACGGCCGAUCAGAUCGAGACGUUCAUCCGUCGGAUUCAGAUCGGUGACUUCCUGAUGAUACACCUACUCGGUCAGAACAUCAACGUGACGUCCUACUGUGAGGUGCUGAAUACGUUGCUUGGCAUGUUGAACGAGGAACGGCAACUCAGCCGCGACACACCGUCGGCUCCGUCGACACUCGAAAUGGCACCCAUUUAUCCGGAAAUUGGAAAAUACGACAAGGAGAAGGCAGCCCUGCAUCAGGAAUACGAAGCAUAGGAUCUAUAGAGAGAGAGAGCUGUGUAUGUGUGUAUGUUUAGGACAGGAUCGCACAACCCGGAAGGAUAGUGUGCGCGAGAGUAGAGCGUGAUCGCGAUUGUGACAGACUAUUUUUUUAAAAUAUUUUAAACAAAACUCGUAUGAAUGUGAAGUCGUCGUCAGAAACAUUCCCCAUUCCACUAAAGCGAUUCCGCGUAUAUAUCAAACCUAAUCUGGGUUGAAUAAUGGACGCAAAUAAGGUAUGAGUGUGCGUGUGUAAAGUCUCGGUUAGAAUCAGUGAGUGUUUUUUUUUAUGGGAGUCGAUUUUUUCUCGGCUCCAGUAGGAAGGAAAAGAGCUAUAUUUUACCUCGUAGAAUUUUUAGACAAAUAACGCUGCACUCUGUUUUGUGCGCGCGUUUUCUUCCCGAAAAGGGUUUUCCAAAAAACGUCAAAAUCAAUCAGCUUCGUAGGGCAAAACAAACAAAAGAAGUAGUAGAAGAAAAAAAACAUUGCGAAUAAAAAGACUGUCACUUUUGAAAUUUUAUUUUUUUAAACAAAGGAAAAAAACACAGGAAAAAAAACAAGUGAGCCAACAUACGAAACUGCUUUAAAUUUUAGCUUAUUUUUGGAUCAAAAUUGUGUUUUCUAGCAUUUUACGGAGAAGAAGAGAAAUAAUACGAAAAUAUAGUAUUAAAGUAUGCCGAUCCUAAUCGUGAUAGUAAACGUAAACAUUAAAGACAAUCGACGCGCAGGGGAAGAAACGGAACGGGGCCACCAGAGGACAAUACGUUUUCUUUUGUUUCUUUUCAAACUAAUUGCCAUACAAUAGUGAAAAAAAAUAUAACAGAACAUUCUCACAUUUAUACACACAGACGCGCCAACAAAACAAAAUCCAACACAAUAGGCUAGCGAAACGAGGUACAAGAAAGUGCAACAAAUAUAUACACACUCUCGUGUAGUAGUGCUCAAAACAGACAACAAAAAAAAACAAAGCGAAAAACGAUUAGUUAAGCAAAAGUCAUAAAAAAACGUCUGCAUUUAGAACAAGUUGUAAUAACCGUGCAAUCGCACCGAUUUUGAUGUUUCUUUUCAUCCAAACGACGUCGACAAAUAGUGACACGAUACACUCCCGCUCCUUUUCUUUUUUUUUUAGUAGAUAGAACAAUUUCAAACUAAGCAAACGCAAUUUGCGAAAACAUCAAUCAAUUAAUAAGCUGCCUUAGGAAGUGGAUUAAACAAUAAAACGAAAAAAAAAUGAAUAUGUAGCCAACAAACUCUCAUCUCAUUAGGAUCUAACGAAAGUCUAGUAAGAAAGCAUUUUAUCGUCAGAAUCUUUUAGAUUUUUUUUUAAAUACACCCUAGAACGUAGGUAGCAUCUUUCUCCGUUUUGUUGAAGUUGAAACAAUUCGUCAGUAGAUAGAUCGAUAGACAGACGGUCGGAUACCGGAUAGGUUUCCACGAAUGAUAACAGCAAGCAGAAGGCGAAAAGACAAACAGGAAUAUUUGCACAACACAACAAGAAAAACACACGAAGUGUUUUUCGCACUUAUCAGAUUCCUGUUUGAGAGUUCCCGGUCGAGCUCGAAUCGAAAGCCGCGCGACAGCAGUGAUGACGAUGACGACGACGACGAACGUCUGGUCUGGACACGAACGCCGAGUGAGACCACAUAAAUACUACUUUUUUUUUCAAACUUGCAAAAUGAGGAGAGACAUUUUAUUGUGAUAAGAUACAAGUUUAGAGAAAAUAAACAAAACGUUUUAUAAGAAA